UGUAAGCACGUAUGUGGGGUUGUGUAUUCUACGUGUGUACGUGCGUGUGCCGGUAAUAUAAAGCCACACAUACCUUUUCUUCAGAUUUCAGACACUUGUUUUCAUCUUUGUCUGCCUGACCUGUCUCCUCCAGCUCAGCACACACUAAAGACUAUUAACCCAUGGCAACCAAGAUGGUCAUCGAUCAGCCCAAGCCGGUUAUAAUCACACCAAGUGUGGAACAGUGGUCCAGCGGCAUCUGCGAGUGUGACAGCAUCUGUGACUGUUGCUUUGCAUUCUGGUGUUACCCCUGCUUUAACUGCAUCACGGCCAUGGACCACGGCGAGUGUUUGUGUCUACCUCUGCUAGAGUGCUGGGGACUCAUCCCGCCCAUUACCAUGGCCAUGCGAGUGUCUACCAGACUCAGCUAUGGCAUCGAGGACACCAUAUGCAACGACUGCGUGUACGCCUGCUGCUGUGGUCCGUGCUCUUGGUGCCAAAUAAGGCGAGAGAUGAAGUCCCGUCACCAUCCUGUCACAAGCUUCCAGAGAAGGAAAUAAUUAUACAUCAUCAUCAUCAUCAUCAUCAUCUCCUACAUCAGAGGAAAUUUAACACCAUCAGAAUCAUCCAAGUGACAACAGAGACACUUUUAUUCAUCCUUUGUUUGGGGCUCAGGUCUGAUAUGUGUCAGUCGAAAUGCUCAUGUAUGAAGACGUAUACAUUAUAAGAAAAAACAAAUCUGUAAAAUGUUCAAUGCCCCUUUGUAUUUAUAAUGAUUAGCUUAUUAUAUUAUUAGUCAUUCUUCUGUGUAAUAUUUACUCAAUCGGCACUUUUGAUAACUGCUCUGAUUCUCAAACUCAAUACAAGCUUUGAAUUUGUUUCAAUAUGUACACAAACUUGAAUAAAAUAAUGUCAGAAAUGA